ACUACAUUGAGACAUUUUUUUUUCUAUUUUACAGGCAUUUCCUAUCAGGUAGGCAAACUAAACGCAUCAGAGACACGUCAAGGAUGGAAUUGCAACAGCGGAUGCAAGGCUCCACAACAUUGUACACUGCCACGCUGCACUAACGUGGUAUUUCCACACACGUUUAGUGGAUCUGGAACCGUAAGUAAAACCUAAGGAAUUAAAAAUUACCGUAUUUCCCCCAAUAAUAGCCGCGAGCGACUAUUCGAGGGAGGCGAUUAUUUCAAAUAUUGCCCACUAGAAGUCGUUCCCUAAAUAUUUUGUUUUAUUAUCUCUUAAAUAAUAAUAGAAAAAUAAUCACAUCAAAUAUACUAAGCAUGGGUUUUAUAAGUUUUCCAAAUAUGGCUCCUUGCAUUGGCAGGAGCAAUCCUGUUCCUUGCUUAUUUUUCAAUGUCAAUAUCCUUUGCGUUAAAGCUUGAAUCGUCACUGACCAGUUUUGCUGGAUGAGAUUCCACUCCAGCUUUGCUUGUUAUCAAACGUGUCAAUUUUUAACUUGGCGGGGAGAGGAUGAAAGAAAGAGAAGAUAGCAAGAGGGGUGGGGGUAGGGAACGGUUAUUUGAGAGGGUGAUUAAUCAAGGAACGGCUAUUUUUCGAGGAAAUACAGUAGUCUAAUCUUAAGGGUUGGCGGCAACUUUCUUUUGCUAGCACACCACAAUAAGCUUCUUUAGAAACUAAAUUAUGUUUUCAACAAAUUUUGAUUUGCCAAUUCAAAAAAUGAGGCCUUUGUGACGUUAUGAUCUGAGAGAAUUUAGUGCGCAUAGGUAUGUUCAAGUGCUCCCUAAUCCCUAGGACGCGUGUGUUUUCAGAGAAAACAAAACAAUACGAACCAAAAAUGCCAGAAAAUUCUGACAAUAAAAAUAGGCUAGAAGACCUUUAACCCUUGGAAUGGGGUAGGGAAUGGAGGUGGGCGGGAUGCGGUCGAUUUGGAGUGGAAUUAGACUCUUUUCUUUUCAGAUUUAGUGAGAGAAGUGCACCCACACACGAGCGUGGAAGCCGCCAGAAGCGCGCGAGAAACGAGGACGGCAGUCUCGCCCUUUCAGUCACGCGCGUGGUCAGUUACGUUUCUCGCAUGUUUUGGUCGACGGAUUAAGAAAAAAAGAGACUUCUCGUAGUCUAGGGUUGAAUUGUUGCCUGCAAAUUUUCAUUGAUGCUUAUCUUUACCUACCGCAUUUCAGGUUCGAGUCUUUGUGUCAUUAAGCCACCAAGAUCAGUCAUCAGAUGCAGUUCAUUCACCUUCCGCCGUGUGGGCAGAGUCCAUAAGUACAGCUGGAUUUCAGUUAUGCUCGCGUGCAACGGGCUCUACAAAUGACACUGGCAUUAUCAACUGGGUAGCAUUCCAGGACAAACCCAUGUUAACGCAUGGAAGCGUUACUUUUAGCGGAAUAUGGACAACAGAAACAAAGUGUAAGAAGGUGGCCUUUUCUCAGGUUAGACAACAAUAACUGAUAACAAGUAUUUAAUUUUGUUAUAAAGGUGUAAAACGGACAUAGCAAAGUACAUUGCUGAAAGUCUUUUUAAGCUUUCUCUCGGGCCUAGUUUCAAACUUUUCCUUCCAUCGCCUUUAGAUAAGCCAUUUUUAUGUUUUACUUUGGAGGUAGUGAUUGAAUAAUGCUUGACCGUUUUGAAUGUAUUGAUGUGUUAAAGGUAAUUUGGAAAAUAGAAGUCUAUUUUUUUAAUGAUAUUAAAUUUUUAGCAUUAAACUUAACACAGUUGGCCGAAAAGGAACAUUAUUGUUUGUAACUUUAUUUAAGUAAUGGGCCAAAUAAGAUGCAUUCACCAAUAUUUUCAACACCUCGUAGAAAGAGGUGAAAAAGGGGUAGAAUAUUGAGUUAAUGGGAAUAGACAAGUAGAUUUAAUUAAUCUUCUCUCCUUAGCCUUUGAUAAAUCCUUAAUUUCAUUUAAGUGCCGCUAAGUACUUCAUGGACACGUUCCUUCUGAUUUAUCUUUCGAGAAGCUUGUUUAUUUUUCAAUCUAUAGUUUUUGAUAUAUCUAACAUUUUUUUGCAGAGCUUUGCUUCCAAGCCUCGGGUAUUUGCCUCUGUUAAGUACACUCGCAGUACAAAGCCAAAUGACGCUAUGUACUUAUGGUUAGAGAACGUCAACUCUGGAGGAUUUGAAGUGUGCUUAAGGGAAUUCUUGCCCUUUGAUGGAAAACACCAAGAUGCAGUUGUGGUAAGUGAAGAAAAAUGUCCGAGAAACUAUAGUAUUGAUGAAAACAAACAAACAAACAAAAAAACUUGACUUUGCCACACUUCGGCAGCCCGGAAACCCAAUUACCCAAUUAAGUAAGGUAGUGUCGUGUCUCACGUGUCUCAUGCAGUCAUUUCUUGUUAAAGGAAAUGCGGUUCGAAACCUGACGCAACUCGUCUUGUAAAGAAAAGGGUAGCAAAUUAAAAUUAUCUUCUUGUCCGCAGGACUGGUUUGCAUUCACUGGAAAUGGGAGUCAACUUAAUUUCACAAUAACUGGGGAAGAAAUCUUUCCAAACAGUGGAAAUCCAUCGGCCAAAAACAACUACGGCUUCUGUCAGGUGAAAACUUUAGUUCUAACAAGAACAUUUAGCGAGCCAAAGAAC